AGGAAGGCAAGGCCGCGCGCGCUCCGGUCAAAAAAAAAAAAAAAGCGCUCUCAGCCCAGCUGCUUUGGCAGUAAGACAUGCGCAUUGCGGAGCGCCCUCUCACCCCGCUCAGUUAUGCCAAGUAUGUGAGAGCCCGAGCUGCAGCAGCAGCAGCGGCGGCGGCAAAGAGCGAGAGGCGCCCAAGGACCAACUAGAGAAGAUCAUGGCGCGCUCUGGCCAGCCGCGCUCCAAGCUGUUGCGCUUGCCGUUGCCACCGCCGCCGCCUCCGCUUUGCUCCAGGAGCCACCAAGCAGCGGCACCCCUGCUGCGCUCGACGGCAGCGAACUGAAGGAGACGACCCAGGCAUGGCUGACCCUCUGCGAAGGACUUUCUCCAAGCUGCGAAGUAGGAGGUCGCAGCGAGUAGCCACAGGCGCCGGGGAAGCCGCCGCCGGAGACCCCAGCGAGAGAGGCUGCAGGGGCGUCGGAGCCCGUGGAGGGAAAACCCAGCAGAACCUGCACCUCCAUCACCCCUGCCUGGAAAACGGAGUGGCGACCGAAGCGUGUCCCGGGUUGGGAAGCCAGGUGGGCGGUUGUGAAGUGCUCCUCGUGUCUCCGGGCUUGCGGGAAUCGGCUGCCUGGUCCCGAUGGGGAAAGGCGGAGAUGCCCGGAGAAAGGUUGCCGGGAGCCUCCGUGGCCCGCGCUUGCCCUCCGAGAAAGCGCGCGGAAGGCAGGGCGCUGCAGCAGCCGAGCCCCCCGGAACUCCGCGCGCCUCCGCUGGCCGCCGAGCUCUGCUUCUCCUCGUCGUCCUUUUUCCCGAGGGGCUCGGAAUCCGGCCCGGCCCUGGAGUGCGGCGGCGGGAGCGAAGAAGACGACUAUUACGAUAACCAGCGACUGCCUGGCUGGGGCUGCCAAGGAACGGCCCGAACGCCCGAAGAAGCAGCCCGGGGAAACAGGGAAGGCAACGCGGCCGCCGGUCCGGCUGCUGGCGGCGGCAGCCGGGCCAGAGCGAGAGAAAGCACCGGCAAACUGCGAAGCCAGCUCCAGGAGGCGUAUUACCUGUUGAUCCACGCCAUGCACGACCUGCCUCCGGCCAGCCCCACCGCUGGAGGACCCUCGCCCCAGCCCACUAGCCAUCUGCCCGCCUCUGAGGCUGCAGAGAGUGAUGCUUUACGCUGGUCUUUCUCCUGCGCAGACGGAUGUUCGCCGUUGCAAAGAUCCGAUCCCUGUGCCCAAAGCGCAGCCAAGAAUCCCAUCUGGCGCCAGGGCAUCAGCAAGAGUCUGGAGAGCCUCUGCUUUCCCCAGCCUUCCGCAUCCAAGCUGCCGCUCCUGCCGAGAUGUCGGAGCGAAGGUGCGCUCCAGUCUCUGCCUCAAGAGCCACUGGAGCCCCGUGGCCACCUGCUGCUCGAACCUCAGGAACUUGGCACCAGCCGGGAAACCUGCUUCCUGGCAGCUGCCGCACAUGGCUCUGGUGACAGUGACUGUGAGAAGAGUCUCAGCAGCCAAGGCCUUGGUGAAGCACAUCCCCCAGGGCUCCAGGAAGACUUGGAGGAGCUGUUGGCCCAUGAGCUGUAUGGAGCCCAGGGUAAAAUGGUGGAUCCAGCAAGAGCAGCCAGGUGUAGCCGUGAGGGAAGACCCCAGCAGCCCCCAGAAGAUGCCUCCCCGGGCCCCUUCAAGCCACCCGCCGUGACUGUUCGGAAGCUGCAGAAGUGGAUGUACAAAGGACGCCUGCUCUCCUUGGGCAUGAAAGGCCGGGGUGGGACAGCUGGGAUGUCCCCCCCAUCUUCCCGCACCAAGGUCACUGGGAGUUGCAGGCCACUUCUUGGCAGAGGAGAGGGGCUCACACUUUCGCCCCCUGCUCACUUGAACGGCCCAGGGGCCAAGGCCCGAGUAUCCCCUUCAGACCAAAGAAUCUUGCUGACAGAGCUGAUCGAAAAUGUUUACAUACCUUCUGUCAGCAGAAGAGAAUUUAAGAACUUGAAAUCCAGUGAAGUUUCCGAGUGCAGGCCUCAGAUUGCUAGCAUUACUGUGUCCAAGAAGCGGAACUGGUUACAUCAAAGUUCUCUGAGAGUACCUAGUUUGGAAAAAGGAAACUCUUACAAGAAAUUUUCAGGAGAAAAUUACCAGGUACUGAAAUCUUCCAGUCCUUUCUUUGAGCCAAAAAUGCCUCAGACUUUUUCCAAAUUUCUAGGACAGGAAAGCCCUAGAGGAAGAGUCAGUUCUGCACAUGCUGCUGAGAAUGGAACAAGAUCUUUGGCACUACAAAACUGUACUUUAGAUUUUGGUGAAGAUAAUGAUGCAGAUGAUGAAGGAGAAAUAUGGUACAAUCCUAUCCCUGAAGAUGAUGAGCCUGAGUUCCCUUGUUUUCUAAGUGGCCAUAAUAAUCAUAAUCAAGCCUUGAAUUGCAAAAUAGCACCUGGGAAUGAUUUAAUCAAAGUCAUAGGGCAUAAUGAAGGCCUUCCUCAAUUUUUAGACUGUUCUGGAAAUGGUCAGCCUAGAGAAACAAGUCAAACAGAUAAUGUGCAUUCAGUGGAAUAUUUGCAAACACAAAAGCCAAAGCCUGUAUGCAAUACUCUGACUGGGUCUGCAGUGGAUGAAGGUCUUCUUAAAUCUACUACGGGAGGUCCUGGAAUCAUGUCUGCAAACAAGGCAGAGACAGGAACAGCAGAAUAUUCUCCUCCAAGCCCAAACCCAUUGAAAAAAGGUGGCUCGAUAAACUGGCCUUUCCCUGAUAAAAUAAAAUCCCCAAGAACAGUCAGGAAACUUUCCAUGAAGAUGAAAAAAUUGCCUGAACUCAGCAGGAAGCUCAGUGUCAAAGGAAAUUCAAGCCAUAAUAGCUCAGACAAUUCUUUGUUGCUUAAAAAUAAUUGCCAGGAGGUAGGCCAUGCACCGUUAGCUUCUUCUGGAAAUGUAACAGCAGCUGCUAGCAGGAAUGUUAUAAGCCGGUAUCAUCUUGAUAGCAGUGUAUCCUCUCAACACAGCUAUAAAAAGAAAAACAGGGGAACUUCCAAAUCCUCCAGCAAAGGGGGCUACCUCAGCGAUGGAGACUCUCCCGAGCUUAUAGCAAAAUCAGGGAAAUAUGCAGCUGAAAGCAGGGUUGGGAAAGGAAAGGAAGUAUUUGCAGGUAACAUGGGUAAUAAAUCAGAAAUAGACAUUGAUGCUUUUCGACACUACACUUUUGCUGACCAACCCAAAUGUUCCCAGUACAUAUCUGGACUCAUGAGCAUUCACUUUUAUGGUGCAGAGGAUCUGAAACCACCACGGAUGGACUCCAAAGAUGUCUUCUGUGCAAUUCAGGUAGAUUCAGUCAAUAAAGCAAGGACUGCUUUGCUGACUUGCAGAACAACAUUUUUGGACAUGGAUCACACUUUCAACAUAGAGAUCGAAAAUGCUCAGCAUCUAAAAUUAGUGGUUUUCAGCUGGGAGCCCAUGCCAAGGAAAAACCGGGUCUGCUGCCAUGGUACGAUAGUUCUUCCUGCUCUUUUUCGUGUGACGAAGACUCAUCAGUUGGCAGUAAAACUGGAGCCUAGAGGUCUUAUCUACGUCAAGUUAACUCUUCUGGAACAGUGGGAGAAUUCUCUUUGUGGGACAGAUGGAGAACGAGAACCGAUACUCUUUGGAGUUGAUGCUCGGAAAGUUGUUGAGAAGGAAAAUGAAGGUUUGAUGGUCCCUCUCUUGAUGAAAAAGUGCAUUACGGAGAUUGAAAAAAGAGGUUGCCAGGUUGUAGGGCUCUACCGUUUAUGUGGGUCAGCAGCUGUGAAGAAAGAGCUCCGAGAGGCAUUUGAGAAGGAUAGCAAAGCAGUUACUCUAUGUGAAACUCAGUACCCAGAUAUAAAUGUGAUAACAGGUAUCCUCAAAGAUUAUUUAAGGGAGUUGCCUUCUCCGUUGAUAACUAAACAACUUUAUGAAGCAGUAUUGGAUGCCAUGGUAAAAAGACCUUUGAAAAUGACAGCAAAUGGAUGUGAAAAUGAUUGUAAUGAUUCAGAAUAUACAAUGGCUCUCUUGGAUUGCCUGCCAGAAGUUGAGAAAGCAACUCUAAAGAUGCUCUUGGACCAUCUGAAACUGGUGGCUUCAUACCAUGAAGUAAAUAGAAUGACUUGCCAGAAUUUAGCUGUGUGUUUUGGGCCUGUAUUACUUAGUCAGUGGCAGGAAACUACCAGCCACAACAACAGAGUGUUCAGUGAUUCAGAAGAGCUGGCCAGUGCCUUGGAUUUCAAAAAACAUAUAGAAGUUUUACAUUAUCUGCUCCAGUUGUGGCCAGUGCAACAUCCAUCAGCUGAAGAGUCAGCCUUACUGGAGCAGCAGUCCUCUGUGAACUAUCUGAGGCCUAAGAAACAGCGGCCUCAAAUGUUAAAUUUAAGCGAAGUGUCUGGGAUCUUGCGAUCCAGGCCAGCCAGACUGGACAGCCCUUCAAGCAACCGCUAUGCCGGAGACUGGACUGCUUGUGGAGAGAACUACUUUGUCAGUCCCAAAGAAGCUCUGAGCGAAGCAGACUAUGAUGAUGUCCCUUCAGAAGAGACAGAAAGUGGGGAUGAUGGCAGCAAACUGAAUGCUUCCAGAACGCUGCUCCGGCGGCCCAUUUGUGUGUCCAAAGAACGCACCUUUCAGGCCUAUCUGACAAUGCAAACAAUGGAUUCUGCGGUGAACCAUCAAGUUAACCUCAAAAACUUGCAAGAAAGCAUUGAUACUCUGAUAGGAAACCUGGAACGGGAACUCAAUAAAAACAAGCUCAAUAUGAGUUGUUGAUCACUUUGCUUUGCUAUGUCUCCAGUUUUGUAUAUCCCUUCUGUUGUGUACCACCAGGAGAGUAUAAGGAAAAGGAUGAGUUUUGGAUGGGGGCUGGGUGUCUGUAUUAUAAUUGCAUUGGGCAAUGUUGGAGAUCACUGGGUAAGUUAGGCAUUCAUAUUACAGUCUUUCUCCACCAUUUGAAAACACACUACUUUUUAUAAAACAAUUCCGCAAUAUUCCUUGUCAAGGUACUAUGCACUUAGGAAAUUUGAUCAGUUUAUUGAAGAUAUAUAAUGCCUCAUCUCUAUCUUUGUUAUACUGGAACAGUACACUUUGUUCCUGAAACCUUAGCCCUGGUACGGAUGUUCUCCCAGAAGAGAGGAGAUUAAUGUUGCUACUUAAGUGAUAAUAUGCUGCACAAAUUCUAUGUAGAUCACGUUCUAUUAUAUUGACACCUUUUCACUUGCAAUGCAAAGGCUGCUAUGAAAAAAAAAAGGCUUUUUGAUAAAUUCAGUUGUAUGAAUAUUGUUGUAUUCCUGUAGUAACACUUUCAAGCAACUACUUAAAACUUGCAAAAAUAUUUUUCUAACUUUUGUUUUGUAGAUAUUUAUAUGUGAAAAACAUUAGGCGUGAUUUGGGCCUUUCUAGUUGAGGUACGUUUCAUUGCGCAGGAUUAGAGUUACUUCGCUCUGCUCCAAUCUGGUGCUCUGAAUUUAUGUUAAACUACAGUUCUUUAAUUUCCCAGCAUAGUGAUGAUGAUGGUGGUGAUGUGUGUGUGUGUGUGUGAGAGAGAGAGAGAGAGAAGAGUAGAGAGAAAGAGAGAGAGAGAGACCAAAAGGUGGGGGUAGAUUAGCAUAGGAAAUAUCAUUUCUUCAUAGAGAGCAAGCCCUGCUAUUGCAUUAGAUGAUUGUGUAAAAUGAAGUGGUUGUGCACUAUUUCUAUAGUUUGCUCACCCUUCCCCCUCAUGCCAGUCAAGUAAAACUGCUGAUGCAAGAGGUCAGUAUUUUUUAUGCCCAAUUGGAGAUGUUAUACAUGACAACACUGUAAAAAAGAGUACAUGUAGCUCAGGGUUGAACUGUAGAAUCCUUGGUGCUUUCCAGGGUGGAUUUGAUUUAAAUCGAGUUGAUUUAAAUCACAAUUUAAAUCAUGAUUUAAAUCACUAGUAAAAAGGCUUGAUUUAAAUCAACUCGAUUUAAAUCAUAAUUUUUAAAGAGCAACUGUCAUCUCUGCUACUCCUUUGACCCAUUGUUGACUCACCGAUAGUCCCAGUGUUGCAGAAUAUACAGCCUCAUGCUACAUAACUAAGCUCCAUUUCAUGCUGAAUAAACUAAAUUAUUUAUGUAUCUUAAAUAGAAAACUAUCUUACGAUAGAUUUUUACCCCAAAAGUUUUUUAUUAAAAUAAAUUUGAUAAAAAUCAAAAAAAUCCGAUUUAAAUAAAAAAAAUCUGAUUUUUUUGAUUUUUUAAAAAAAAAUCAUUGAUUUUUAUCCACCCUGGUGCUUUCUGAGCUUGGCUGCUUGUUUGCAAAUGUUUAUCCAGCUAAGUAGCAUCAGCAUUUUAAUGGGUAAUGAAACGUCUGCAAGCAAAUAGUCAUGCUCAGAUAGCACCAAGGACUCCACGGGACAGCCCUGUGCCCAUCUGGCCCACUCUAGAUCUGAGAGCUGAAAAGAGACUUGCCUGUUGUGUUGUCAAACAACCACACAUAAGCAAUUGUGCGAUACCCUGGACAACAAAGUGGUUGAAUACUGAGAAAUUUGAAGGCUGCAACUAAAAGCAUACAAAUUACUUUAAGGUAUCCAGGAUAACAAAUUGUCUAGACACAAUGGCCUGUUUGUCACACCUUUCUGAAAUUCUCAUUGUGAAACUAAAAACAUGUUUCUAGAGAUGCUUUGAGACUUGAUUGCUUGGCAGAGACCAUAACAGCUACCAAAUCAAAACAUUUUUUUAUUAUGGUCCAACAAGUUAUUCUACCAAAUUAUCCACAAAUAUGCACAUUUAAAAAAUAUGUAAUGACUUUAAAUGCAGAUCUUUAAUCUGAUCAGCCUAAUGUUAGCACUUUGCAUAGACAAUAAUCAAUGCAGUCCAGGUGCUGAUCGUUAAAGCAUCUCCAAAUAUAGUGAACCAUGCUUAGGCAUUAUAUCAGUCUCAUUGGAUUGGAAAUACAGAAGCGUAACUUUGUAUAUCAUUACAGGUAGUGCUUGAUUUAUGACCACAAUUGGGAAUGGAAUUUUGGUUGCUAAGCGAUGUGGUUGUUCAACAAGUCGUCACAUGACCAAACCCAGUUUUACAGCCAUUUUACUAUGGUUGUUAAAACAAAUCACAUAGUCAUUAAAUGAAUCCUGGGUUAAGUCAAUCACAUAAUCAUAAAUGCAAGCCAGUUGCCAAGUGCCUAAACGGUGAUCACAUAAUGAGGUAGGAGUUCUAGUGUGAUGGUUGCAAUUUCGAGGAUGGAUCAUAAGUAAUUCUUUCCGAGGCCUUUGUAACUUUGAACCAUCAUUAAAUUAAUGGUCAUAAGUUUAGUACCUUACCGUGUAUCUUGUCCAGUUUGUUUCCCGAAUAGGGAAUUUUCCCUUCUGCUAUGCUAAUGGGAAGCUCCUCAAUUUUGAUAGUUGUGCUGCUUCUUUAUUUGUGAUAAAGAACCACUUCUUAUAUACUUUAAAUCUGACCUCCUAAUACAUUUCUACACCUUUAUCCAUCCUAGGGAGACCCCCAAAGAGUUCGCCUCUUUUUCAAAGGUUGAUAUGGAUGAAGAAAGUGCCUUUUAAAGUAAUGUGUUUUAAAUGGCCUGAAACAUUUUGAAGGUCUUCAUUCCAGUUGGUCUACCUUCUUUAAUCCCAAGAAUGUCCUUAAGUGCUAAGACGAUCAAUGUAUUGUUUAUCUUGCCAGGUUUCUCAAAUGAUUAUUGACAGCUUUUCCAGUUUGUUGUAAGAAGGGUAAAUUUAAUAAAUCUUGAUUGGAUUGGUCUGCAGAUUUUUAAUAUUCACUGUGAACCAAAGUAAAUACAAGCCUGAUGCAAAUUUAAGUUCUGUCUGCAGUUAGGCAAUAAGACCCAAGCAGCAAUAAAUUGCAACCAGGUGCCUCUUAAAAAAAAGAGAUAGCAAUGGAGUAGAGUAUGUCUUAAAUGGCAUACCUUUAAUAAUAUUAGUUAGCAAGCAGGGGAAGCCAUUAUCUUUUUAAGAGUGUUUUGAACACUAUUUGCUUUGCAUUAACCUUCAUCAACUGAUGUCUUCAGUUGUUUGGAGAUCACAACUUCCUCAAUUCCAUCUAGGAAUUCUGGAAAUUAUAGUCUUAAAAUAGCUGGAGGACAAGGAAAGGGUACCCUAUAUUAUAGGUAUGGUUUCCCCCCCCUUGUUUAUUUACAUUAUCAGUUCUCCUCUUUUUUUCUUAUGGAUCUGGUACAAGUGCUAUUUAAUUUGUUCCUUGAUAUUGACUAUUAUAAUUAUUUUAGCUAUUUAUUGACAAUAGGAUGACUGAAUUUGGUGCAUGAUUUUUGCCACAUUUUCCUUAAAGAAAUAUUUCAGCAUUUUAUACAGUCUGGUUAAUUUAUUGAUGAUGAUGAUGAUGAUGAUGAUGAUGAUGAUGAUGAUGAUGAUGAUUAGAGUGGCAGUACAUGACUACAGUCAUUUCAAUAUAGUGAUACAGUUUAAAAACAUAUAUUUUAACCUGAAGCAUUUAUUGAUAAGCUGACGUAUUUUUUUAAACCGUAUGUACAGGAAGUGAAUUAUUUUUGAACUAUGUUAAUUCUGAAUAAAACCCAAAAUUCAAAAUAA